AUGAAUGCUUUACCAUAUUGCACAAAUAGACUUCGAUAUUUUACUUUGUUUUUUCAUAAAUCGAGAGAUGAUUGGAAUCGAUACUUCAAUGAUCCACCAACAGUCAUAAAUACUGAUGGAUCUAAGCAAUUUCUGAAAUCAGAUCCAAAUGGAAAAUAUUUUGUUACAGACUGUAAUUUUGGAGACUUAAAGACGAAAUGUAUCUCUGUUGAAUCAGUAGGUCCGAACUAUUUAGGAAUCAGUGAAACAGAAUUUAAUAAAUGCAGUGCAGAUGAUCACUGUCCAUGCACUGUUUUUCGAAAUGGAUCAUUUUUCCAAUAUCGAGUUACAGGAAAAGACUGCACUACAAGAUUGACACAUAAUGGAAUUCAUACAUCAGUUCUAGCUAGACAGAAUAGUUAUGAUCUAAAUCUGAUUGAAGAAUCAUCAAUUUCAGGUUAUUCAAGUGAAACAUCAGGCUCUGUACUUUGGCACAAGAACGGAAAUGUUUCAUUUGUUUCAAUCAAUGAAAGUAACUGCAAAACAAGAUAUGCAGUUGGAUAUCUUAUUUAUAAUGAUGCAUCAGGAACAUCAAGCACAAAAUUUUGUCAAUUUAUUUCAAAUAAAGCAGAUUUAAUGUGCUAUUGGCAUUGGUAUUCCCAACAUUAUAUUCAUUGCAGUAAUUAUUUAAAUAGUUCUUCAUCUUCAACCGCAUCUCAACCGGGAAUUAUUAAUCUUGCCAGUGCAAAUUCGCAAAUUUAUAUUUCUAAUUCAGUCAUGAAAGAUAAUUCAGGGAAAAUUUUAUUAUAUUCAACUGAAUCAAGUUCAGAUAUCAUUGCUGAUAAGUGCUUUCUUGAUAACCAGAAAAUAGAAAUGAUCACAUCAGGGAAUGGAGAUAUUGAAUUAAAUAAUAAUAACAUAAUCUCUCUUUGCAUUCUCGUUAAGAUCAAAUACAAAACUAUUUUACAAAACAAAUUCUGCAGAUGCAAAAGCAAUAACAACCUUUAUCUCAUUGCAUUUCUAACUACUCAAUAA